GUUUUCUGUUUUGGAGCAGAGAGAGAGGCGACAACAACAGUAGCAGCGACUACUCUUUCUCUCUCUAACGCACAGAGAGGAGAUUAAAAGAAACCACAAAUCACACAAACGAAUCGUCCAAGCAAUCAAGAUCGAACUCACACAUACAAAUACAUUUUUAUAUACAAUUACCUGAGACUCUCUCUCUAUCUCUCUAUCUCUCUCUCUGUCUAUAUAUUAUAUACAUCUUUGUGUCGUGGUCUGUUGGUGUUGUGCCCUAGAUCUUGAAUAGAAGCUACGAUUUUCAGAUCUUGAAGACUUUCGUUAAUUAGGGAUCUGCGUCCAGCUCCAACUAUCUCUGCUGAUUCUCAGGUUUGAUUCUUUAAUGCACUAUUUGUGGAAUUUGUUUCCAACUCGAAUUUGGCGCAAUUGAUUGGUUUUGUUCAAUGCGAUAUGUGAUCGUGUGACUCUAAAUAGAUACAUUCAGAUAUUCCCAUCAGUCAACUAAAAUAACUUUCGUGGGUAUUAGUAUAGUGUAAGAAUUUUAUGGUGGGUGGAGUUAACAGAAGAGGAGCAUUAGUUUGAGAUAAAGUGGUUGGCUGUUAUGUAUUUUUACUAGAUGAAGACAGAUAAGGCGUGGCGGCUGGGCAUGGGUGACAUGCAGGUCUUGCCUGGGCCUCGCCACCGCCCUCCGUUGAAGAGGCCAAUUUGGAUUAUUGUCAUGGUUUCAUUGGUCAGCGUAUUCCUUGUUUGUGCUUACAUAUAUCCUCCACAAAGUAGGACCAGCUGUUACGUAUUUUCUUCUAGAAGUUGCAAUGUCAUUUCUGAUUGGCUUCCGCCUGCUCCUGCGAGGGAAUAUACCGAUGAUGAGCUCGCAUCUCGUAUUUUGGUUAGGGAAAUUUUAAGUAUGCCUCCUGUUCAAUCCAAAAAUGCUAAAAUUGCAUUCAUGUUCUUGAGCACUGGAUCAUUACAUUUCGAGAAGCUGUGGGAUAAGUUUUUCCAUGGACAUGAGGAAAGAUUUUCUGUUUAUGUGCAUGCAUCAAAGGAAAAACCUGUGCAUGUGAGCCGUUACUUCAUUAAUCGAGAUAUACGCAGUGAGCAGGUUAUCUGGGGAAAAAUUACUAUGAUUGAUGCAGAGAGGCGACUUCUGGCAAAUGCUCUUAAAGAUCCUGAUAACCAGCACUUUGUACUACUUUCUGAUAGUUGUGUACCAUUGCGUAGUUUUGACUAUGUGUACAACUAUCUGAUGUACUCAAAUAUCAGCUUCGUUGACAGCUUUGUGGAUCCAGGUCCUCAUGGGAAUGGCAGGUACACAGAGCAUAUGCUACCUGAAAUUGAGAUGAAAGACUUUAGAAAGGGUGCACAGUGGUUCACAAUGACGCGGCAGCAUGCGCUGAUAGUUGUCGCUGACAGUCUUUACUACUCAAUAUUCAGGGACUAUUGCAAGCCAGGUUUCGAGGGGAAAAAUUGCAUUGCUGAUGAACAUUACUUGCCGACUUUCUUCCAUAUGCUCGAUCCAGGUGGAAUUGCCAACUGGUCAGUGACACAUGUUGAUUGGUCCGAGAGAAAGUGGCAUCCCAAAUCAUACAAGGCUCACGAUGUUACUUACGAUCUCCUGAAGAAUAUCACAUCAAUAGAUCAAAGUGUGCAUGUCACAAGUGAUGAAAAGAGAGAAACGACAGUUAAGCCUUGCUUAUGGAAUGGCAUCCAGCGACCAUGCUACUUGUUUGCUAGGAAGUUCUACCCAGAAACGAUUGAUAAUUUGUUGCACCUUUUCUCCAAUUGGACGACAAUUUGAACAGAGAUUCUUUACUCUCAAAUUCUUUGGUUGGUCGAAUCAGCAGUUUGACUCCAUCAUCCCCCAUGCCAUCUCAUAUCUUGUGAGGUUGUAAAUUGAUGUAAUAUUGAAGACCAAACUGACCGCGGUUAUUGUGUUAAGGGCAAAUUAGUAGAGCCGAUGGGGUCAAUUAGGGUUGCAGGUCAGCGAGUUGAGUUGUCAAUGUGACUUCCCUCGGUGGGGGGUGUUGGGAUAAUUUGUUCAUUUUUUUCCCUCAAUUUUCAACACCAUGUUCUAUUUUCAGCUUAGAACUUUGUUAGAGGGAAAUCCAUUUGGGUGCAUUUGAUCAUUGAUCCAUGUGAAAGUUGAACAUGCGAAGCUGCCAAUUCUGGCACUUUGGCUUCCCUAAAUGAGAUCUAUCAGGAUUACGGAGGGUUCAAGAGAGUUAAGUGAAACUUUACAUUCUUUUGA